CCGGCCAGCAGCUGUCCUGGUGACGGCACCUCAGCGGCAUCGGCAGCCCACGUCAGAGCAACUGUAGCCUUGCACCAGUGCCUCUAGCUCCAGGUGCCGAGCUCACAUUGCGGAUUGCCUCUAUCGUACCUCGAAGCAGCAACAUCAUCAACCACGAAAUCCAAGCUUCAUCGAGCCGACUGUUUCUACUCUGUCCUGACAUCCCCUUGCCGGCUUCGACACUUCCACCUAGCCACACACGUUUCCCACAGUCGACACCAGCGCGCGCAUCAACCAUGCCGAUAUCACCCAUUAUUACGUUCAAGGCGGGCAUUUGCGACGUAGAUCAAACGUCGAAGCCGUACAAGGUCACGCCCCAAGCUAGGCCCGGCUACAUCUACCUUUACUCCGACGAUGAUUUCAUCCAUUUCUGCUGGCGCCCUAGAGAUGCCCCUGCGGACGAGCCCGAGCUCGACCUCGUCAUGAUCCCCGAGGACGGACACUUCCUUCCCUACGACACCAAGUCUCCUGCCCAGGCCUCCGCCAAGACCAACGGCCGUAUUUUCUCGCUCAAGUUCUCUUCCUCGUCACAGCGCCAUAUCUUCUGGCUGCAAUCGAAGCCUCAGGGUCCUAACGGCGACCCGUCUUUCCUGAGCCCAAGAGAUCUGAAGAUUGGAGAGAUCGUGGAUAAGCUUCUACAGGGCUACGAGGUGGAUGUGAACAGGGAGCUUGCUUCACUCAGCAGCGGCGGUGGUAACAACCGCCGAGACGAUGAUGACGACGAGACAAUGGAAGACGUUGAGGGCCACGGAGACCCCAAUGCCCACCACGAGGGCGGUACUGGCGGCGCUGGUCCUGAUGCCACUGGUGGUGAUGUCAGGAGGGAGGGCGAGGACGCCAGAGAAGGAGGAGCAGAUGGAGCAAGAGCGGCAAAUGCUACGAAUGCCGAGGCGGAUGCGGCUGCCGUUGUACGGAACUUCCUCGAGUCCCUGAAAGGCACCCAAGGGCUUGCCGGAGGUCAAGCCCAAGCUCAAGGCAAAUCCUACCCUUUACUCAACGAUCUUCUUGAAUCCUCAGUCACGAUCCCGAUGCUCGAUUCCGCCACCGACGAAUAUGUCGACAACCUCUUGAACUACCUACCCCCAACCGUCAUUGUCAUGUCUCAGCAAGGUGCCAGCGGUACUGAUGCCAUCGAGGUUGAGCCUAGUGCCGCGUCUGUUGAGGCCGCUCGGCAGGCUAUGAGCCAGGAUCAGAAG